AGGUGCUCAUUGAAAAGACACGGCAACACAAUUUCCCGACGAUAGCUAUAUGUGCUUCUCUUUUCCUGUGUAAGUACUGUACUGCACCUAAAUGCAACAUCGCUGAUUCAUUGAAAACCUCUUCUGAUCUCGCACACCAAAAAUAUAGACGAGUUUCUUUCAUUCCUCACCGAAGUAGCUGCACGGAUGGCCCUUGCUGGUUGCUCACCGGCACUUUCUCAGCGGAUUUGUGCGACUCCAUGUUGUCGGAUGUAUCGCAUCUCUUCUCCCCCAAAAGAAAAAAAAAACAAUAGUAAUCGAAUUUUUCUCCGGUCUUCCCUAAGCACUCUCUUUCUUUUCUAUGUUGCUAUUUGUGUCGAAGCUUUUGGUGGCGUGGUGGAUCACGCUGAUGAGCGCCAUUGGUGUGUGGCUGCCCGUUUUCUACGUCGGCCGCAAUCGCGAAGAACCUCUCGUUGAGAUUGGAGCCUUCGCACGGUGCAAGAAGGCGACUUUAAUUGCCUCGUCCGCCACCGUGAAGUGGUACCUCUCUCUAGCCAACUGCGUCUCUGCUGGCAUGCUGCUCACCAUGGCACUACUGCACUUCUUUCCGGAGUCGUUCGAGGCCGGUGCGUUAGGCGCCUUGCCGGCGCCGACCUCUCUCUGCUUUUGGUUGCUGGCGGGCAUAUUGAUCCCCGCGGUGCUUGAGCGAUCGAUGAAGGGCGGCAGCGGCCACAGCCACGGCGUGUCCAGCGAGACGGGCAGCAGCAGCAGCGGUGGAGGGACGGUUUCCGUGGCAACGCUGUUGAUUGUGCUGAUGUGCUUCCACGGCGUGACGGAAGGGCUGUUGCUGGGAUUCGAGGAGAAAGUUUCCGCUUUGUUGAGCGCGGCGCUGCCGCUCUCCAUUCACAAGCUCUUCGACGGCCUCGUCAUUGGUGUCGCCGUGGCGAAGGAGAUGCUUAACCAAUCCGCUGAAGCCACGCCAAGUCCUUCCCUGGCAGAGGCGGAAGGAAGGCUAACAGAGAAGGGUCCCCGCUCGUCGAUGCGGGAAUGGAGGCGCCUGUACCAGAGCUCCGUGGGUGUGUGGCUGCUGCUGACUCCUAUUACGAUGAUUUGUGUGGUGCUCUGUACCGUUGUGAUGCAGCGCCGCGACGGUCUGGCAGUUGUCGGCAAUAUCUCCACACAGCCGCCAGUGGUGCUGCCGCUGUCCUCCACCUCCGCCCCUGAACUGGCCCCCUUCGUUUCGAUGUUAGCCGCAGUGCAGGCAAUGGGCAGCGGCUCGUUUAUCUACAUCGGUCUGGGCAUCUUGAACCGCGAGGAUCUGGUAGGAGUUUCGGCGAAUGCCGCCUUACUGGCUGGAGUUGUAUUGACCGGCGGCUUGUUUUUUAUCAGUAGCUCUUCUCAUUGA